AUGGUCUCUCCUCCUGGUUCGUAUGGGCUAUCAGCUCUGUUGUCAGUCCUGCUGUCACUCUCCACCACCACCAUCGCGGCGAUCACCACCAAGGGUCAAACUGUUCAACUCAAUGGAAAUAGCUACUACAUUCCGCCGACAGUAGUGGCAACUUUGAAAGGCGAUCAUCACGUCUUUGGCAAACUCGAGGGCUUGCAACCUCUGACGGUCAUUCGGAGCGAUGCUUCGAAGCUGACAAGCUCAAUCCUUGAUUCUUUAGUGAGCACUUACGAAUCUAUUGACGAUGUCUUCAAUACUGGGUUCCUUGACAACAUCUACGUCUGGUAUAAUGGUACCGCCAAGAAGCCCUCACAGAAUGUGUCCACUCAUUCCUCAUGGGGCCCUAAAAUCUUGGGAUAUGCACCCGCUUAUGAUACCAAGAAAUCAAAGACGGUGACCUCGUCAUCAAUUCUACCUCCUGGCCCUUACUUCUUGGAUCCCUCCACCGGAGCCGUGUUUGAAGCCUAUCUGUUGUAUUCCGACGUGAUGGGCUCUUUUACUCAGGGAUUGAUCUCAGUCGGAGAUUCUGCGUAUGACGUUUUGCCAGCAAGCUUGCAGGGUUAUGCUUCUUUGACCAUUGGCGUGCCUUCACGUCUGUACUACACUAAAACGGCGAAGAAGCCUCUGGCUGGUGUUCGUCUUGGUGUGAAGGAUAUCUAUGAUAUCAAGGGUGUCAAAACCGGCUGCGGGAACCGCGCUUACUAUGAGACAUACCCAGUCGCUGACUCUACCGGCCCUGCGAUUCAAUCACUGAUAGAUGCGGGUGCCAUUAUUGUCGGAAAGAUGAAGACCAGUCAAUUUGCGAACGGUGAGACUGCUACUGCUGAUUGGGUCGAUUACCACUCUCCCUUCAACGCUCGCGGUGACGGGUACCAAGAUCCUAGCUCAUCCUCCUCCGGUCCUGGCUCUGGUAUUGGAGCUUACGACUGGUUGGAUCUGGCCGUUGGGAGCGAUACCGGUGGCUCCAUUCGCAACCCUUCGCAGGUCAAUGGAUGCUUCGGCAACCGACCCUCGUGGAACUUGGUCUCAUUGGAUAAAGUUAUGCCCAUGUCGCCCCUUUUGGACACGGCCGGCUUCUUGACAAGAGACGUGCAACUGUGGCGCGCUGCUGCGGAGGUGUUGUACAAGGAGGCAGGCCUGAAGUCCUUCACCAAGUACCCCAAGUCCAUCAAGACUAUUCGGUUCCCGACUACUGCUUCGACCCCAGCUGAGGGCCUUUUGAUUGAAUUUGUCGACAAGCUAUCGUCAUUUUUGGGCGGUGCCAAAGUCUCAGACUUCGAUUUCAAUGCGCUCUGGGAAUCCACCAAGCCUUCGACUGUUGCCGCCAACACUACGCUUAACAGCCUGUUGAAUCUUACUUAUCCAAUCCUCAUCUCGAAGCAACAGUACCCUCUCAUUGCUGCACCAUUGUACUCGGACUACGCAGCUGCAAAUGGGGGUCGCAAGCCAUUCAUCGACCCUGUUCCUCUGUCUCGUUGGGGCUGGGGACUCACAUACCCUGACUCACAACUGGAGACCGAAAUCAAAAACAAGGAUAUCUUCACCAGCUGGUGGAACACCACUGCCCAGGUCUUUGAUGAAGAGACCUGCUCAGAUAGCUUAAUUCUUUACAUUGGUAGCGAGGGGUCUCCCGUCUACCGCAAUGUCUACAGGAGUAUGCCAGGCAUUCCGUCAGGAUUUGCUGCGUCUCGUAUUGCCAACUUCGCGGGUGUGCCUGAUAUGGCCGUUCCCAUCGGUCAAGCGCUCUACAACUCUACAGUCACCCAGCACCAGGAGUAUCUGCCUGUUUCGGUCGAUUUCGUGGCACCACACGGAUGUGAUCUGAUGGUCUUCAACCUGGUCAAUGAUUUGGUCAAAGCUGGUAUCGUUAAGGAACCUAACACCGGAUCCACGCUGUACGGAGAGGAGGUAACUUACCAUUGA